UUCGGGGCGGGGGUGUUAAAAAAAAUUAAUAACUUGGUUGGGGGCUUGAACAGCUGCUGCUGGGGAGCCUGCGGCCUACCUCCUUGCCAUGGCGGCGGAAAAGCCGCAGCCCUGAGGGGGAUGUGGGCAGGAGGACCCUUCCUUCCAGCAGUUUACCUCAGGGGCCAACCCAGCAGCUCGCUCCCCGCCUUUUCACCUGUCAGCCAAGAACACCUGUCCCCUCACCGCGGCCCGCCAUGCUCCCCUGAUCUCUUGUAAUGAAGAAAUAGAAAAGGCAAGAUAAAUUACCCACUAGCUCUGUGUCUGCCCGCAAAGGCCAUGGAGAAGGGAUUGGAAAACAGUUUCAGCAUCAGCUUUCUGAACACGUUGGUAAUCUUCCUUAGAAAAUCUGCCAAGUGUCUGGACCGUCUUCCUCUAAUCUAUAUAUUUGUCUGCCUCAGUGCCCUCUGUUUCUGUACAGAUGGAAGCUGGAGCAGAAGUGCUUGCCGCUCAGGAAAGCCUCUGGAAGAGGGCCAUUUGAGGUCAUCAGAUGGUGUCCAACUCCAGCUGCUGGAAGGAUUUCACUCUAUCCACUCUUGUCAAGCUGCUUGCUGUCAAACCACAGCCUGUGAUGCUUUCUGGCUCAUGGGGAAUAUGUGCAUCCAGGUGAACUGUACCAAGUCUCAGAAGUGCCAGGAGAUCAGGACUGACACAGUGGACCUCAUCAUGGUCUUUGUAACAAAAUCUGAUCUUGAUGUAGAUCCCCAGCCUGCCAAACAGAGGAAAGCCCAUCUUCCCAAAUGGUUGAACUGGAGGGAGGGACAUCAGAGUAAAUCAAGGAUACAGAGGUCCUUCAAAGAGCUGCCUGCUCACACAGUGCACUUAGGAAGUGUCAGGGGAAAGUCUCUAAAGAGAGACGUGGACUCCAGCAGUGGAAGCCCAGCGGACAAUCCAGUUCCAUCAGAAGCUUUGGACAGAAUACCUAUUCACCAGGAUUUUGCAGAACCCCAGUCUUCAGGACUGGAAGCAAACCUUUCAGGAAACCAUACUGAGGUAGAAAAAAUCCUCCUGCCAAACAGUAAGGAUUCGGAAGAACUGAAACCCCUAAGCCCAUCUUCUUCCAACACUGAUAACAUGAACAGACGGCAUGACCUUGGUGGGAGUGACUCCUUGGGGAUCCCUACAGGAGCUUCUACACCGGAUUCCUCUUCAGCAACUAUCUUCCCCAGCCCUGUUGGGAACUCUGAAAAAUCCAGACCAUCCAACAAUGCUUCCAUCCAGCCCUCCUCCUUAGAAAAAGCCAUCCCAACUUCUAACAGUCUUCUGGAAAAGGGUUCUGGAAAGGUGCCACACGUUUCCCCUGUUCCAACUGGCACUCCCACCAGUGAUAGUGUCACUGCAGUUCUGACAGAUCCUGCUGUGGUACCUAGUACUCCUGCCCCAACACCAGUUAUUAAGAAACUGGCAGUUUCUGCUGGAGACAGUGUCCAGGUGACUCUGCCAAAGAACGAAGUGGAGCUGAAUGCAUAUGUCUUACCUCCACCACCUAAAGGAAGUAGCUACUCCUAUGACUGGAGAUUGAUUACGCACCCCAAGGAUUAUAGUGGAGAGAUGGAAGGACAGCAUUCGCAGAUUCUCAAGUUAUCCAAGCUCACAGUUGGCCUAUAUGAAUUCAAUGUGAUAGUAGAUGGUGAUAAUGCACACGGAGAAGGGAUGGUGAACGUGACAGUUAAACCAGAGCCUCGAGUAAACCAGCCACCCGUGGCCAUUGUGUCACCCCAGUUCCUGGAGAUCUCUCUUCCAACCACCUCAACAGUUAUUGACGGCAGCCAAAGUACUGAUGAUGACAAAAUAGUCAGUUAUCACUGGGAAGAACUAAAGGGGCCUCUUCGAGAAGAAAAGGUAUCUGCAGAUACGGAUAUUCUGGAACUGACCAACUUGGUACCAGGAAAUUACACAUUCCGCCUAACCGUGGUAGAUUCCGAUGGUGCUAGCAACUCUACCACCGCUAGCCUGACUGUAAAUAAAGCAGUGGAUUAUCCACCUGUGGCAAAUGCAGGUCCUAACCAAGUGAUCACUCUGCCUCAAAAUUCCAUCACCCUUUAUGGAAACCAGAGCACAGACGACCACGGCAUUGUCAGCUACGAAUGGUCCCUCAGCCCCAACAGCAAAGUGAAGGUAGCAGAAAUGCAGGGGGUGAGGACUUCGACUCUGCAGCUCUCGGCCAUGCGCGAAGGUGACUACACCUAUCAACUGACGGUGACAGAUUCUGCUGGCCAUCAGUCCACCGCUGAGGUCACUGUGAUUGUGCAACCUGAAAACAAUAAGCCUCCCAGGGCAGAUGCUGGUCCAGACAAAGAACUCACCCUGCCAGUGGACAGCACCACUUUGGAUGGCAGCAAGAGCUCAGAUGACCAGAAGAUUGUCUCCUUCCUUUGGGAGAAAACACAGGGCCCAGAUGGUGUGAGACUGGAGAAUGCCAACAGCAGCAUAGCCACCGUCUCGGGGCUUAAAGUGGGAACGUACAAAUUUACACUAACGGUCAAAGAUGAGCGGAACUUACAAGGCCAGAGUUCAGUUAAUGUCAUCGUGAAGGAAGAGAUAAAUCAGCCACCUGUGGCAAAAAUUGUGGGGAACAGUGUCACAGUCACUCUCCCUACAAACACAGCAGAGCUUGAUGGCUCCCAUUCCACGGAUGACAAAGGAAUUGUCACCUUCCUAUGGACUCGGGAUGAGAGCAGCCCUGCAGCUGGGGAGGUGCUAAAUAAUUCGGAUCACCAUCCCAUUCUGUUUCUCUCCAACCUGGUGGAGGGAACGUACACCUUCCAUCUAAAAGUGACUGAUGCCAAAGGGGAGAGUGAUGUAGACAGAGCCACUGUAGAAGUGAAACCUGAUCCAAGGAAGAACAACCUUGUGGAAAUGAUCCUAGAUGUGAACGUCAGCCACCUGACGGAGCGGCAGAAGGGCAUGUUCAUCCGUCAGAUCGGGGUUCUGCUUGGGGUCCUAGAUUCAGACAUCACAGUCCAGAAGAUUCAGCCGUACACUGAGAAGAGCACAAAGCUGGUAUUCUACGUGCGGAAUCAGCCUCCUCACCAGAUCUUCAAAGGGCACGAUGUGGCAUGGACCCUCAAGAGUGAGUUGCGGAAGCAACAAUCAGACUUCCUUAUCUUCCGGGCACUGGAGAUCAAUACAGUCACCUGCCAGCUAAACUGUUCAGAUCACGGACUCUGCGACUCUUUCACCAAGCGUUGUAUUUGUGAUCCCUUUUGGAUGGAGAACUUCAUCAAAGUGCAGAUUGGUGAUGGUGAAAGCAAUUGUGAAUGGAGCGUGCUGUACGUCGUCAUUGCUUCCUUUGUGAUUGUAGUCUCCCUUGGGAUCUUCUCCUGGGUGGUGGUCUGCUGCUGCAAGAAGCAAAAAGGAAAACCCAAAAGGAAGAGUAAGUAUAAGAUCUUGGAUGCCACAGAUCAAGAGAGCCUGGAGUUAAAACCCAAUUCCAAAGCAGGCAGCAAACAGAAAUCCCAGGCCCAGAACACCAGCUUGAUGCAUUCGGAAUCUGAACUCGACAGCGACGAAGCCAUCUUCACGUGGCCUGACCGGGAGAAGGGAAAGCUGCUCCACAGCCAGAAUGGUUUUCUGCGUAAUGGGCAGGUGGUGCUCAAGCCAAAGAAUCAGCGAGAGGAGAUUCUAUAGCAGCAGGCUUGUGUCACAAAGGGUUGGCCAGAGACAUGGAAGACCACUCUCUUCCUCCUCGGUUGCACGAGGAAUCUUGGGAGUACCACUGAUGAAGUGAAAGGAGAGCACUUUUCUCUUUACUGAUAAUCUUUUAAAAAAAUUGAGUCAUACUGCCAGUACUUGAAUUUGGACUUGAAAGGGAAAUUAAUUUUGGCAACAGAAGCUGUGAAACCAAGACGGUGAAGGGUAGGUGCCGUUCUGAAAACAAUGCAGAACUUCAAAGCCGCUCCUGUGAAAAGGCAUCUAUUAGUGUAGGGCCACAGUACAGAUCCACGGCUGCUCACGCCAAAAUCUGUUUGCCACAGAGUUGGCAGUCUUCUUCCCACUCUCCCUUGUAUUGUUUGUGAGAACACACCUCGUAGUUUGUUUGUCUUAAAAGCUGAGAUGCCUCAAACUGUGUUUUUUUUCUAAUGCACUCCUGCCACUCAUAGAAAAACUUUCCUGAGCCGCCACCACUCGAGGGCUUCACUUUCCAGAAAUGGAAGAAGCCAGGCGUUGUCUCCGUUGCAAGAGAAGAAAUCGCAUCUUGACCGUGAUUAUAAAGGGUUAUUUCCCCUUUUAAGUUUUUGCCAGUGGUGAGAAUAGAGAUGAGUCCUCCAGGUCUCUGGUUGCUCUGGCUCUUUCCGUGGCACUCUGCAUCAACCCUGAAAGCUUUUCUUACUGAUAGUCAGUUACACUGUAGAACAGCAGACUCCUGUGCCUGCUGAAAGAUAUUGAUGUAUUGUCUUGCAAAAAAAAAAAAAGCCGCCUUUGCACAAGUUGAAAAUGAGGAGGAAGGGGGUCAAAAGACAAACACAGCCAAACUGGUUCCUAUGCUCCCCAGCAGAUCAGUGCCUCUUCCUCUCCCAUUGUACCCCUUCCUUAUUUGUUGCUAAUUCCAUGCACACUGUAUGCUUCUCAAAGAAAAUGUUGGUUAUCCCAUGUCAGACCUUUUUUUUUACCUAGAGCCAACGCAGGCAUCUCCACUGAACAUCUCAUUUGGUGGAGAUAGCCAAGUUACCAAACAGUAUGAACCAGCUCCCUUUUCCUCCUUAAGAAGAUGGAAGAUGUUUCAUUAGGGGUGUGUGAUUUACCCUUGCUCAUCUUUCCUUUUCCCUCCUGUUAUUACAUGCUUUAUUCACUUCCUGCUACCUGCUUCUCACUUGGCAAACAUCCUGUUUCCCUGUAAAGAAAAACCUAUCCCUGAUUGACUCUUCCUUCCUUUUUUUGCUCCCUUUCCCUCUACUUAGUGCUGUCACUGCUGAAGGGCAAAGGACAAACCAUUCUAAGUACUUGUGCUUUAAUAAGAGGUUCCUGAUUUUUAAAUUGCAGAAUUUCAGGUUUUCUUCAGGUUUAAGAUGCCCAGUUGGUGGUCCAGGAGCCAGAUAUGCCCCUGAACAAUUAUGUGCUCCUAGAGAUUAGUAGACCAAAGGUGAAGGGUUUACAAUAUUCUGUUCUUUUAAUAAAGUGUUUUGAGGUAGGUAAGAGAAAGUUGAUAAUGUUAUGUAGGCCCCAAAAUGUUAUAAAUUAAAAAAGUGGCCCUGAGGACACAGAUGCUGGCCAUGCUUGCCUCUGGUGAAGAAUCAUUUUUCAAGUUCUCCUGUUUCCUGUUUACAUUGCUGCACUACUGAUUUUUUGGAAGAUGAAGAAUAAAUAUGCUGCUCAGCCUGUGGGGGCACUUACCCC